AAAAAAAUUCUCAUCAAGUGCUAGGAAAUUUUCAAUUGAAUUUUUAUUUCAAUACAUUACAUAUAGACGAAAAUGGCCAAGAUCAGUCAAGACGUUUCAUCUUCUCGUUCUAAAGCUAGAAAGGCUUACUUCACCUCUUCCUCCGUGGAAAGAAGAAAGUUGUUGUCUGCUCCAUUAUCCAAGGAAUUGAGAGAACAAUUCAACAUCAAAUCUUUGCCAAUCAGAAAAGAAGACGAAGUUUUGGUUGUCAGAGGUUCCAAGAAGGGUUCUGAAGGUAAGAUCUCUUCUGUGUACAGAUUGAAGUUCGCCAUCCAAGUUGACAAGGUUCAAAAGGAAAAGUCCAACGGUGCCUCCGUGCCAAUCAACUUGCACCCAUCUAAAGUUGUCAUUACUAAAUUACAUUUGGACAAAGACAGAAAGGCUUUGAUUGAAAGAAAGGGUGGUAAGUUCGAAUAAAUUAAUUCAUAUUAAUAAGAUAACGUUUAUACAUAAAUAAAAGUAACCAAAAUCUUUAAAUAAUUUGUUAAAUAUGAAUGUAUUAUAGCUUUGUAAAA